AUGAACGGACAAACGAAAAGCGGGCGGGGGCGGCGGGGGAGUCUCGCCAAGGUCGAGCCAACCAAGGACCGCGAGGUGGAAAAGAAGGACUUCUGCCUCUUCUACAUCUGCGAGCUACUCAACGUGAUUUAUUCCACAUACAGAAACAGCAAGCCUAUGUACGUGCAUUUUGUGUGUUCCGAGGAGCGAGGAAGCGAAAGCGAAGGGGAGAGCGAGUGUGGAAGCGACAACAAAAGUGGAAGCAAACGAGAGAGCACGAGGAAACGUGGAAGCACAAGGAAACGAGAGAGCACAGGAAAACGUGAGAGAACAAGCAAAGAUGAAAUCACAGGCAAAGAUAAACGUAGAAGCGAACAUGAACGUAGCUGUGUAGCCCAGAGGAAACGUUUCCACUACACCCCUAACUCGGUGCUGGAGCAAUAUUUCCCUGAACACUUUAAGAACGUGCACUUCCUCUGUGCGCAUUAUGCCAUGUGGGAAAAUCAGCCAAAUAAUGAUGAGAACAAAGGUGAUUCCCCCGGCAGAACCAACCUUAACGAUAUAUCAAAGAAGCGGAAAAGGAGAGGUCUCACCGACAGUGCUGCUGAACAGAGCAACUCAACUUAUCGAAAGGAAGAGACCUUUUACUUUAUCUUCACCUUUUACAUGCAGCCGAAUUUUUUAUGGGAGGAAAUCAACAUACCUAUAUUUCACGACAAGGGAUAUAUAGAGUGCAAAUUUGAUUGCAUUAGCAAUUUGGUGAAAUUGAAUGACGUGGUGCAUUUGACAAACCGGGUCAAGUUGCAGACACAUAAUCAGACGCUGAUUCAGUGCAUUCAAGGGGGGGUAGCAAGCGGCGGCGUCUCGAACGAGGGUGCUCCCAAUGGGGGUAAUCCCAAUACGAGCCUUCUCAAUGGGGGUAAUCCCAAUACGAGCCUUCCCAACGGAGGUUAUCCCAAUACGAUCCUUCUCAGCGGAGUUAACUCCACUAACCAGCGAAGGGGAGAUGUGCACCUCCUGCCCUUUUUCAUCUCAAGUCACUGCAUGCGCAGAAAUGACCCCGUGUGCCUCACCAGAGUGAUCACCUGUAACGAUAGGGGCGUGUACUGUAAGAGGGACGAGGGAAAGGAUCUUCCCAUUCAGCUGCUUCUUCUCGUUCGGAAGAAGCUCCACAAAACGCUGAAGAGUAUGGAGAGGGACGCAGCCCUGGUGUGCCAUCUGAGGAGAAACGAGACGAAGGGGGGGGACUACACAAAGGGGGAUUACGCAAAAGAGGACUACGCAAAAGGGGACUACGCAAAAGGGGACUCGCCCAAGUUCGUUCUCGCCAAAGAGGACCCACCGAAAAAUCGUUCCGACAUGACUGCCACAAUUCGAAGUGAUGAACAUUCCGACGGAACCGGCCGAGCUAGCGGCCGAAGCAGCGCCCGAACUAGUAGUCGAACCAUCGGCCCCACCACCGGCCGAACCACCGGCAGCAGAAUAGGAGACAUACACACGGAUCGUCCAAAUUCGAAGAAUGCACGGGACAAUCUGGCCGGGGUCGAUUACGAUGAGAUUCACAAGCUGAUCAAUUGCACAGAAACGAUUUUCAAAAAAAGGAUCCCAGACCAGCAGCUGGAGAAAUUGCUCCUGCGCAUGCGGACCAGGGGGAAUGCCCACAGUGAGGUAACGCGGGGGAGUCUCUCCAACCUGGGCAGCGCCGCUAACAGCGCUAACCUGGGAAACAUCGCCAACUUUUCUAACAUUGGGAACGUGGCCGACAUAGCAAACCUCGCCAGUAUUGCUCAGCUGACCACCCCUGGUGGGGGUCUCCCCCCCAACAGGACGAACUUCCCAAAAAAGGAAGCCAUGGAUGUCCACCUGGGCAUUGAAGACUACUAUGAAUUCGUCCGCUCCGGCAAAAAUGAAUUAAAAAAUACGUUACUAGACCCCUCGCAGCUCGGCAUUGAUGUUAACAAGACGAGCAAAAAGAACAAAUUUGUGUGA